AUGGCCGCCCGCAGUUGGAUACGCGCGACGUGCUACGUGGCCUGGACCUUGGGACUCGCCCGGGCUCAGCAGGCGAACCCCUCGGCGCGCGUCCGCGGCGACUUCGUCAUCGGGGCCCUCUUCAGCGUUCACCAUCAGCCUCGAGGCAGCCAGGGCGCUCUCGUCUGCGGUGCCAUACGCGAGCUCUACGGUAUACAGAGGAUCGAGACGGCCCUCUGGACCCUCGACCAGAUCAACAACAGCACCGAGGUGCUCCGAGGAGUGACCCUCGGCCUCGAAGCUCGGGACUCGUGCUGGUUCGCACCUGUGGCCCUGCAGCAGAGCAUCGAGCUGGUCCGCGACGCCAUAACGCCGGUGGUCGCCAAGCCCCUUCUGCCACAAGAGGGACUUUUGGAUUCUUGUCUCAUCGACGCGCCGCUGGAUCUAGAGAAGAAAGCACCUCUGAUUGGAGUUGUUGGACCAGGCUCGAGCUCCGUCGCCCUUCAAGUGCAAAACUUACUACAGCUGUUUUCUAUUCCACAGGUAGGAUAUUCUUGUACCUCUAGGGAUUUAAGCGACAAGAGCAGAUACUCGACUUUUCUUCGUGUUGUACCGUCGGAUUAUUAUCAGGCGCAGCUACUUGUCGAUCUUGUGCGCUACUUCAACUGGACGUACGUGUCGAUUGUCAAUACCGACGAGAAUUACGGCACCAGCGGUAUUCAGGCGUUUCGCGAGCUGGCGGAGAAAAACGGCGUCUGCGUGGCUCGCGAGGACUCGAUCCUUACGACCGCCGACGAAUCAGCUUUCGAUGCCGUAAUCGCGAAUCUGGAUCAGGAUCGCGCGGCUAAUGUCGUCGUCUGCUUCUGCGAAGGAUUCACGGUGCGACAUCUUAUGGAGGCGUCAAAGAGAAUGAAUUUAACGGGUCGCUUUGUCUUCGUUGGCAGCGAUGGCUGGGCUGACCGCGAUGACGUCGUCCACGACCUGGAAAGCGAGGCCUGGGGCAGCCUUUCCAUACGCAUUCACUCUCCCUAUGUGACCGAUUUUGACAACUACUACCUCUCCCUCCACCCCUACAAUAACUCGCGUAACCCUUGGUUCAACGAGUUCUGGCAGUUCAAUUUCAACUGCACCUUACCUUGGGAAACCGAUAAGGACAUUACUUACAAGUUGCCUGGUUUUCCUAAUUGCACCGGAGAGGAGAAAUUAACUUACGAAAGGUACAGACAAGAUCCGAAGAUGAGCUUCGUGAUGAAGUCAUUUUGGGUUAUGGCGCACGGAUUGCACAAUAUGCUAGAGGAAAUUUGCGGCCACAACUAUACUGGCGUUUGCAAAGAAAUUUUUCCCUUUAAUGGCACACGUUUCAAGAAUCAUUUGAUGAACGUGACCUUCAGCAUUGGCGAGGAAAUCGUGGAAUUCGAUCGACGAGGGGAUCCACCGGGCAGGUACGAGAUCCUGAACUACCAGCUGAUGCCGAACGGCACCUACGCCUACGUGCAGAUCGGCGAUUGGAACAACGGAACCCUCACCUUCACGGGCUCGCCCCAGUCGCGCAACCCGAGCCUCGUCGAAAGCGUCUGUUCCAAGCCCUGCCCCCUAGGACAAUACAAGAACUUCAAGACCGGAGGUCAGGAGAAGCGUUGCUGCUGGGCUUGCGUACCCUGCGAUCACGAUCAGCUCGUCGACGAGGAGCAGAGCAAGUGCAUACCCUGCCCCAAUGGCCAGUUGCCCAAUAGGAACAAAACGGCUUGCUACGUUAUACCGGUGGAGUAUACGACUUGGAGCGAUGUCGAGGCGAUAAUAGCGAUGACAUCAUCGGCCAUUGGUUUACUCGCGACCUUCGUCACCUGCCACAUCUUCAUAAAACACAACAACACGCCGGUCGUCAAGGCCAGUACGCGGGAACUCAGUUACCUCAUCCUCGCAGGGAUGACCCUCUCUCAUGCAUCCGUAUUGCCGAUCCUGGCAAAACCUACGUACACUUCAUGCACGCUUAGCCGACUGAUGCCUGGUAUCAGUUUCGCAAUGAUUUACGCGAGCCUCUUCACAAAGACCAACAGGAUCGCCCGGAUACUGGCCGGCUCGAAAAAGCGAUUUCCAAAACGAAAACCUCUAUUUAUGUCCGCCACUGCCCAGAUAAUGAUAACGUGUAUUCUGAUAAUGGUGGAGGUGGUGAUAGCGACGACGAUGCUUGUGAUGGAGCCCGCGAAGCCGACCCUCGAGUUUCCGGCACGACACCGGUCGGUCCUCACGUGCGCAACGACCCCCCGGGCGGUUCUUUCGCCCUUAACCUUCGACGCCCUUCUGAUAGGACUCUGCACCCUCUACGCCAUCAAAACCCGCAACGUCCCGGAGAACUUCAACGAAGCCAAGUUCAUCGGCUUCGCCAUGUACACGACCUGUGUCAUCUGGAUCGCCUUUGUGCCCAUAUACUUCGGCAGUGAGACCAAGAGUUGCAUUAUAUACUUUAUUCGACUGUCUCAGGUGAUAACGAUGUGCAUGUGCGUAACGCUGAGCGCCUCGGUCACCCUUGUCUUCCUCUUCAUGCCCAAGCUGUACAUCAUCGUCCUAAGGCCGGAACGAAACAACCGAGCGCUUUUCACUACGAGCAAGUCUAUUAGGUGCCACAUCGGUGCUCGAGUCGCCGCGGCCAUCGCUGAGCCCCCGCCCAAGCGCACCGUUUAUCGAAUCGCUGAGUCCGAGGAGACUGAGUCAUCGUCUACUUGCAGAGGUAGUAUAAAGCGACGGACAUUGUCCAUCCAGACUGACAAGGAGCUGCUGAUGUCGCUGUGCGAGUCAUUGGUCCUUGUUAGAGCGUCGGCGAGGUCGUCGCCAGCGGGGGCCGAAGAACAGCGGAUUUGGGAAUGCGCCGACUACGAGGAGACUGACACGCGGGACUGCCUGCUCGGGAGAUCCUCCUCCUCGGCAAAGACUCCAAAAGUCGAGCGACACUGGGCCGAGCUGGACGUCAAGAGACUCGUCGACGACUCGCGCAGGUCGGCGACAACAUACUCCAGCGUACAAUCCAACUGCAAUGGGGAAUUAAGGGUAUCGGUACCCGGGAGAACUUCCACGCUCGAGAAGACGAACGGAUUCUGGACGGCGAAUAACGUCGACGGUACGAAGUCGACGGAGACUCUCGACGGAGAUGAGGAGACCCUGCGCCUCGUCGACCUGAGGCCGCGUAUUCGCGAGGAGAGCGAGCUGCAGUCCAACGACUCCGGCGAUCCGGUGAUUAAUAUCACCAUCACCCUCGGCUCCGAAGCAGCGUACGCGGACAUUGGCUCUAGCGCCCUCUAA